AUGGCGGGCCUCCGUCGCACUCACGCCCUUUGCCUGGCCGCCGCAAUCGUCCUCAUCUACAUCCUCUUCUUCUCCGGCCCCGAUUCGACCGAUUUUCGCAGAGUCACGGAGUCCUCCUUGUCGUCGCGCCGAGGCGUUCUUCGUGGUUCUCUGUCGGAUGCGGCACUGACUGCGCAGACGAAUGAGCAGUUGCAGAUGAUACUGGAUAAACAGAAGGAAGCUCUUGUUGCAAGCUCUGGUCGCGUACCCAAUGUCGCCAAUACUCCUUCCAACUCCAAGGACGACGAAAUGGCAAAAGAUGCUGUUGCUCCAAAGUGGACUCCGACGACGGCUCCAACUUUACCAGAGGUGCCUUCUAAGCCCAAAGAUAAUGGAGAAGAUAGGGCCAGAGCAGAGUUAUCUGACAUCCUCAAGAAGAGUCCUGUCAUCAUCUUUUCUAAGUCGUACUGUCCAUAUUCGAAGCGCGCAAAAACGCUCCUCCUCGAAACUUACACCAUCGAACCUACGCCCUACGUUGUCGAACUUGACCUCAUGACGGAGCCGGUUGCUGUUUCAUACACGCGCGAAGAAGAUGACGACACACCUCCGCCCUCUGUUGGACGAAAGCUGCAGGAUCUGCUUGCAUCGCUGACUGGCCGUAGAACGGUCCCAAACAUCAUGAUCAAUACUCGAAGUCUGGGUGGCAGCGAUGAUAUUGCGAGUAUGCACGAAAAAGGCACAUUGAUCGACGAGAUCAAGAAAUUGGGUGGGAAGAGGAUUGUCAGCGUCGUGAGAAACCACAAAGCUGAGGACUAA